UCUAUCUCUUGUUCUCUCUCUCUCUCUUUCACUCUUUUCCACUCUUUUCCACUCUUUUCUAAUUUUCUGAAUCUCUGAAAUCCCUUCUUAAAUGUUUACUAAAACAACAAACAUUCCCGCCAACAACACUCCUCCAACUUCAACUACCCCACCCGUCUCAAAUUCCACUUCUACUUACCCCCUUCCCCUUCCUCUCCUCGCCUCCUCAUAAAUGGGACGGUAUGAUAUGGUCGCUCCGACCCGGUUGAUCACGUUGCGCUGUUUUGCCCAUCGGUGUGUUCUCUGUUCCUUUCUCUUGUCGGUUGCAGGGCCGGGGGGAGGUGGCGGUGGCAGUCGGUACGAGCAUCACUUGUCACGGCACGCCAGCAGUAUCCUACCAUCCAGUCUUGUCUCGUCGCCCGACGGUACCGAUCUGCCGCACCACACGCAUUAUCAGCUGCACCAUCAGAUGUCCUACCAUAACAUGUUCACGCCGUCGCGGGAGCCGGGCACGGCCUGGCGCUGCCGCUCGUGCGGCAAGGAGGUCACCAACAGAUGGCACCACUUCCAUUCGCAUACGCCCCAGCGCUCCCUCUGCCCGUACUGUCCGGCGUCCUACAGUCGAAUCGAUACCCUGCGAUCGCACCUCCGGAUCAAGCAUGCCGAUCGGCUCAACGCGCCCAAGUUUAGCAACCCCCCGAACUGCAAGCUGCCGAUGUAAGCAGGUUUGGGGUUGGGCGCGCUGCUGCCUGCCUCCAGCGCGCGCGUGUGUGUGUGUGUGUGUGUCUGUGGACCAUUCCCCCCUCCCGUGGCGGCGAGCAGACGCGUACCUCAUCCACCACCACACUACAGAGAUUACCCAUCCCGAGUUACCCGAUCGUCAGUGUUGUCAAAUAUGUUUUUUUUCUGUUUUCGUUCGUUUCUCGGUGCUUAUUUUUGUACUUUUUGUUUUGUUUUCUAAAUUGUUUUCGCUUUGUGGCUUUGAGUGCCGUUUACUACUACCGCCAGCGAGAGAAAGAGAUAGAGAGAGAGAGAGAGAAAGAGAAGGAGGAAACAGCCCCUGCUUCCCCGGCGGAGCGUAAAUUCUGUAGCUCAUUACGGGGCGGAGCUAACUCCGCACUGUAUCACUCAUUGCGUAGCUCCUUCAAACUCCUGAGGGUGAGGUCUUCAACGGAAGCAGACACAUUUGAGUGCAUUCAUCGUGUGUGUAAAUGUGAGGUACACGCAGCGAGGCAAGGGUGUGAGUGGAUGGAUAGUGGUGUUGCGGUGUGUAUCUGUGUGAGAGAGUUGCUUUGUAACGCUACCACCGACAAACAGUAGUUUCGGUUUAGGUUGUUGAUUGUUACUUGUUUUGUGCCUUUUUGUACUUCCUUGUAUUGUUUUUCUUAUUCUUUUUUUUUCCACUUUUCACGUUUCUUUCACUAUCAUUGAUCUCUCUUCUUUCUCUAUACUUCCCUUUUCUGCUCUAUAUCGCAACGUUUUAGUCAUCAUUUGAACAGUAUAGUCUUUUUCCCCCUACAAAUGGCGCAUAUGUACGUAUAUUAUUAUUUUUUUUUUCGAUUUCAUAAACAUCACUCUCUAUUCUA